GGGCCUCCCUUUCCCCAGCCGUAGAACGGAAGGGCUGGCCUCGGCGCCCCCGCCCGCGCAGCAUCCCCUCCAUGGUCUCCUCUCGAACCCAGGUUCAGGAAUGCUGAACGCCUCGUGAGAGGAGGCCCCCACGAUGCCGCUGUCAGACUUCGUGCUGGCCCUGAAGGACAACCCGUACUUCGGGGCUGGCUUCGGGCUGGUGGGCGUGGGCACAGCCUUGGCCCUGGCCCGGAAGGGUGCCCAGUUGGGCCUGGUGGCCUUCCGACGCUACUACAUGAUCACCUUGGAGGUCCCGGGUCGGGACCGCAGCUACACGUGGCUGCUGAGCUGGCUGGCCCGGCACGGCUCCCGCACCCAGCACCUGAGCGUGGAGACCUCGUACCUGCAGCACGAGAGUGGCCACGUAACCACCAAGUUCGACUUUGUCCCCAGCCCAGGAAACCACUUCAUUUGGUACCAGGGCAAAUGGAUCCGGGUGGAGCGAAACCGAGAGAAACAAAUGAUUGACCUGCAGACGGGCACUCCGUGGGAGUCGGUCACUUUCACCGCUCUUGGCACAGAUCGCAAAAUUUUUUGUAGUAUCCUGAAGGAAGCCCGGGAGCUGGCCCUGCAGCAACAAGAGGGGAAGACAGUGAUGUACACGGCUGUGGGCUCAGAGUGGAGACCAUUUGGUCAUCCUAGACGACGCAGGCCCCUAAAAUCUGUGGUGCUGGAUAAGGGCUUGGCCGAGCGCAUCAUCCAAGAUAUCCGUGAAUUCAUCAAUAACCCCAAGUGGUACAGUGAUAGAGGCAUUCCCUACCGGCGUGGCUACUUACUGUACGGGCCCCCUGGCUGUGGAAAGAGCAGCUUUAUCACAGCUCUGGCUGGGGAACUGGAGCACAGCAUCUGUCUACUUAGCCUUACCGACUCAAGUCUCUCUGAUGACCGCUUGAACCACUUGCUGAGUGUGGCCCCACAGCAGAGCCUCGUGCUACUGGAGGAUGUAGAUGCAGCCUUCCUCAGCCGGGACUUAGCAAAAGAAAACCCAGCAAAGUACCAAGGUCUUGGGCGUCUGACUUUCAGUGGGCUGCUUAAUGCCCUGGAUGGUGUGGCCUCCACUGAGGCACGAAUUGUCUUCAUGACUACCAAUUAUGUUGACAGGCUGGACCCCGCUCUGGUACGUCCAGGUCGAGUGGACCUGAAGGAAUAUGUUGGCUAUUGUUCACACUGGCAGCUGUCCCAGAUGUUUCAGAGGUUCUACCCAGAAGAGCCUACAUCUAAGGCUGAAUCUUUUGCAGAGCGAGCCCUGUUGUCCCAGUGCCAGCUCAGUGCUGCUCAGGUACAAGGCCACUUCAUGCUCUUUAAGAGUGACCCUGAGGGGGCUUUGAAGCAUGCUGAGGCCCUUGCUGUGACCACACCAAGCAUAACAUCAAACAAAUAAACACCAUUCAUAGCA